AUGAAGAAAAAUCCAAAGGACAUUGUCUCAAUCCUUGAUGAAUUAUCUGAGGAUGCUAACCAAUGGCCUGCUGAGGGAAAUCUUGUCCAACAAGAGGAAAUUAGAGGAGACAACAAUGGUCUCUGCAGUGCCAUAUUACUAAAUGAAAUUCCUCAAAUGUGUGGGGACCCAGGAAGUUUCACCAUACCCUGCUUGUUGGGGAGUGAGAAAUUCGACAAGGACCUCUGUGAUUCUGGUGCUUCUAUAAAUACAAUGCCUUUGUUUGUGUUCAAGAAACUGGAAGGUGAGCUUGGAAUGAUCAAAUCAAUACCAGUGUCCCUACAAAUGGCUGAGCAGACCACCAUGUUGCCUGAAAGAAUUAUCGAGGAUAUUCUAGUACGGGUGGACAAGUUUGUGUUCCAUGUAGAUUUUAUUAUGGUAGAUAUGGAAGUGAACAAGGAGGUUCUUCUAAUUCUAGGGAGGCCUUUUCUAUUUACAGGCAGAGUAAUCCUUGAUAUCUACGAGGGGCAACUUAUGCUUAGAGUGGGGAACGACAAAGUGUUGGCUGAAAAUUAUAAGUUUGACAAGCUUGUGGGGAAUAGUCUUCAGAGGUGUAUUACUCAGUCUAGCACAAUGGAGGACGAUGAUCCUGAAAUAAAGAAGGAGGCUGAAGCUCUUGAGAUUGAGGAUCAAUUUGUUGAUGAGGAGGAACUCAAAAAGGAGGCUUCUAAGACUAGUGUAGAAUUGAAAGUUCUCCCUACUCACUUGAAAUAUGUUUUUAUUGAAACUAACAAUAUUUCUGUAAUUAUUUUUGCUUACUUGACAGGUGCACAGGAACAAACGAUGAUGGAGAUGUUGAGAAAGUAA